GGCUUGGCUGGGCAUGUUUAAGCGCACAGUGCUGUCCUGCCCACCCCCAGCAGCACCCCCACUGCAGGCUCGAGGAGCUUUCCGGAGCUUCCCACACUUCUGGGGAGAAGACUUCUUAGCCAGCUUGAUGUUUAAAAUUCAGCUGGAGCCCUUAAAACUUCGAGCGUGGACGCUGAAUGGGUUUGUAAAGUUUCGAAACAAGGAGCCCAGCCCCGGUCCAGUGGCCGUGAUGGGAAAAGAUUAUUACAAGAUUCUCGGAAUCCCGUCUGGGGCCAACGACGAUGAGAUCAAGAAAGCCUACCGGAAGAUGGCCCUGAAGUACCACCCGGACAAGAACAAGGAACCCAACGCUGAGGAGAAGUUUAAGGAGAUUGCUGAGGCUUACGAUGUCCUGAGUGACCCUAAGAAACGGAGCCUGUACGACCAAUUCGGCGAGGAAGGCCUCAAGACCGGCGGUGGUACAUCAGGUGGCUCCAGUGGCUCCUUUCACUACACCUUUCAUGGGGACCCUCAUGCCACCUUUGCUUCCUUCUUUGGUGGCUCCAACCCCUUCGAUAUCUUCUUUGCCAGCAGCCGCUCCACUCGGCCCUUCAGUGGCUUUGACCCAGAUGACAUGGAUGUGGAUGAAGAUGAGGACCCAUUUGGUGCCUUUGGCCGCUUUGGCUUCAAUGGGCUGAGCAGGGGUCCAAGGCGAGCCCCAGAACCACUGUACCCCCGGCGCAAGGUACAGGACCCCCCUGUGGUGCAUGAGCUGCGGGUGUCCCUGGAGGAGAUCUACCACGGCUCUACCAAGCGCAUGAAGAUCACAAGGCGGCGCCUUAACCCUGACGGGCGAACUGUGCGCACUGAGGACAAAAUCCUGCACAUUGUCAUCAAACGUGGCUGGAAGGAAGGUACCAAGAUUACCUUCCCCAAAGAGGGCGACGCCACACCCGACAACAUCCCUGCCGACAUUGUCUUCGUGCUCAAAGACAAGCCUCAUGCACACUUCCGCCGAGACGGCACCAAUGUGCUCUAUAGUGCACUCAUCAGCCUCAAGGAGGCGCUGUGUGGCUGCACUGUGAACAUUCCCACCAUUGAUGGCCGAGUGAUCCCUUUACCCUGCAAUGAUGUUAUCAAGCCAGGCACCGUGAAAAGACUCCGUGGGGAGGGACUUCCCUUCCCCAAGGUGCCCACUCAGCGGGGAGACCUCAUCGUUGAGUUCAAAGUUCGAUUCCCAGACAGAUUGACCCCACAGACACGGCAGAUCCUUAAACAGCACCUACCCUGUUCCUAGGCUCCGCCCUGGCCAGUCUGGAGCCUACCACAGCAAUACCCCACACUCCCCCAUCACAUGUGGACCCGGCUGGAUGUCCACUGGACACUGGCCCUUUUCUAAAAUGCAAAGCCACUGAUGUUCAGGAAAACGUUCCUGUUCCCGACCCCUUUCAGAGCUGGGCUGCUUUGGGGGAAUGGGAGGGCGGUGGGGAGAGCUAGCCCAGACCAGGGGUCAAUUUUCUGUCACAUGCUUUGAAUCCAGUUCCCACUGCAGUGGCUGGAGAGUGACUUGAGAGCUACUCGGAGCUAUAGAUUCCUUGUCCUGCCUGUAAAUAGCAUGUCCUCCUCCCUCUCAGCCUUGCAAUCACCCUUCCUCUCCCUUCCCUUCGCCUUCUUCCUGUUUCUGAAGAAAGAGGGUAGGAGGGACCCCGCUUCCCACCUCACCCCGGGUCUGUAGUGUCCGAGGCUACUGCACAGUGUUACUGCACAAGUGCUACUUGCCAAAAUGGUCUGUGUCCCUCUAGGGGACAAAGGACAGGAGAUAGGAAGGGAAGGUCCGUCACCUGUGAACAAGGCUGUCCUUGGAGCACGAGACACUUUUCAUUUGGGGCAGGGAGGCGAGUCAACACUCAGGAGCCGCCCCACCAGCUACCCUGCCUGCACCCCACAGAGCUGGAGGAUCUGUCCCCCUCAGCUGCUCUGGAGUGGGGGGGGGGUGAAGGGCGGAGAGAAGAAGAGAGGGGCUGAACCAUCACAGCUAAGAGGUGGGCAGGAGCCAUCUGCCAGCCAUCAGCAGAAAGGAAAGGGCUUUGGGGUCAGGUGGCAGCUGCUCCCCACCAAGAGAUUCAGGGUCACAGGUCUCUCCCCACAUCUCUGAACUCAGGGCCUAGCCACCCCAAACUUCCAAGCCCCACUUUUGUGAUAUGUGAAGCUACUUAUUUCUUACUUUUCUUGGAGGCUGUGUCAGAAAUUUCCAGCCCCUCUCUGCCUGUGUGACCCCCACCCCACCCCACUCCCACAGUUGUAUAAAAGUUGAAUAGUGAAGGAGCUGGGAGAAAACUGCUUCAGCUGGUCCUGGGGUGGGGUCUUUAGGUUUUCUCACUUUGACAAGCCCCUGAAUGUUUUUAUAGUAGUUUUUUGUAUUUUUUGUAAUGACAGUAUUAUGAAAAAAAUAAAGUAUUUUAAAAAUAUA